ACGUGAUGGGCCAAGUUGUUGACGUGAAGGAUAUUGAAACUGUUCAAAUUACAAAUGCUUUCGAGACAUCCAAGCUAAUGAUGAAUCCUGCUUUACCUGAGGUUGCAGAAUUCAUGAAUGCUUUGCCAGAUGAUGGUCUUGCUCUCACCAUUGUUGAGACUCCAAAUGAUGAUAAGAUGGUGAAGAAGAAAGAGUACUGGUCUAACCUGCAACAGAAGACUAUUGAGGAGUUACUAAUUACCUCGGAGAUGGUUGAUACUGAAAAUAUUCCACAAGCUAAUAAAAAUUUGAUACGCAAGACUUUCCAGUUCUGUGUUUGUGUUGAGAAGGAAAAUUUGUAUUACAGUUUGGAGACGUAUAAGGUUGGGAAUGUAUACUCUGGAGAUGAAAUUAUCACAUUUGCAGACUCUUCUUUGGACCAACUGACUCAAGUUGAUAAUUUAUCAACUAUUAUUUCCGCUAAUGAAGUAUUUUUACAUAUUUUUAUUAUU